AUGGUUAUGUUGGUUGGUGCGUUGAUUGGUGCGUUGAUUGGUGCGUUGGUGCGUUGGUUGGUGCAUUGGUUGGUGGGUUGGUUGGUGCGUUGGUUGGUGCGUUGGUUGGUGCGUUGGUUGGUGCGUUGGUCGGUGCGUUGGUUGGUGCGUUGGUUGGUGCGUUGGUUGAUGUGUUGGUGUGUGUUGGUGCGUUGGUUGUUGUGUUGGUUGGUGUGUUGGUGCGUUGGUUGGUGCGAUGGUGCGUUGGUUGGUGUGUUGGUUGGUGUGUUGGUUGGUGUGUUGGUGUGUUGGUUGGUGCGUUGGUUGGUGCGUUGGUUGGUGCGUUGGUUGAUAUGUUGGUUGGUGUGUUGGUUGGUGUGUGUUGGUGCGUUGGUUGGUGCAUUGGUUGGUGUGUUGGUGCGUUGGUUGAGUGCAGUUCAUAGCAACGGCUCCUUCCUCUUAAUCAUUAACCCGCUCACUCCUCUUAUCUCUGGCCACUGA